AUGUAUGCCAACGCGCCCGCUGACGACGUCGAGCUCGAGGAGUUCGAGCUGUACGCGCUGGAUCGGAUCAAGCUUCUCAAGGCCAUCGACGACGGCCUGAGCACGGGCAAGAAAGGACCGGAGAUGAAGACGCUCAUCGACUCGAAGAUGCGUGAGUUCGGCCUGCAAACAGGGCGCGACUACGACAUCAGGAAGGACGAGGUGAGCCACUUCGCGCUCCGCAUGGCGUACUGCCGCACCGACGAGCUCCGCCGCUGGUUCCUCCAGAACGAGUGCACCCUGUUCAAGCACAAGUUCGACGGCAUGGCGCCCAACCAGAAGGCGGCCUUUCUCAAGACCCACGACAUGGGAUACCAGCCCGUCGACAAUGACGAGUGGACAACAACGAUCCAACAGGGCAUCAGGGACACCAUCAAGACCUUCGCCAACAAAGAAGUCGACGAGAUCAUGGCCAAGGGCGCCAACGGCUUCUACAAGGUGCCCUUCGAGGAGGUCUUCGACCUCGUCAGGUCCCGUCGCGUCUUCCUCGCCGGGGGGUCCGCGUACGUGCCCCAGAAGGAUCUCACGUCCCUCGUCGUCGGCGUGUUCCGAUCGCGGCUGUCCAAGGCUCUGGCGAUGACGUCCAGGCGAUGGGCGCAGCACGUCGCCGGCGAGGAGAAGGACCGACUCGCGCCGGUGAUCAUGUCCCUGUCCAAGCGGUACAUCGGUCGCGACUACGGCAAGCAGGGCGCCGACGGCGAGGUCGGCGAGGUGAUCACGCUCAAGGACCUCAACAAGGCCGCCGCCGAAUCGUUCCCGCUCUGCGCAAAGCACCUCUUCAGGAAGAUGAAAGAGGACCACCACCUUCGGCACGAGGGCAGACGGCAGUUGCAGCUGUACCUCAAGGGCAUCGGCCUGGCGCUGGAGGAGGCGAUGCUGUUCUGGAAGACUGAGUUUUGCAAGAAGAUCCCCGCGGAGAAGUUCGAGAAGGAGUACGCAUACGCCGUGAGGCACGCCUACGGUAAGGAGGGCAAACGUGUCGAUUACACCCCGCACACUUGCAUGAAGUGCAUAGCCGCCAAUCCGGGCAACGGCGAACACCACGGCUGCCCGUUCAAGACCUUUGGCGAGGAGGGCCUCCGGGCGGCACUCAGCGGGAUGUCAAUCAAGGCCGCCAAGGUGAACGAAAUCGUGGAGAAGGCCAAGGGGCAGCACUACCAGCUUGCGUGCGGGAUGACGUUCGAGGCGACGCACGAGGGUAAGACCAUCGACGCGGGCGUUCAACACCCGAAUCAGUACUUCCAGGAGUCGCGCAAGGCGCUGGGUUACGCCAAGGGCGACGGCGAGGGCGAGGGGGUCGUGAGCCCGGAGAAGGUGCCGGUGACGCCCGGACAGAAAGCCGUCGGUGUCAACUGA